AUGAUAGCAGUGUGUUUUCAUUCCACUGGUGACUCCUCCGUCCUCCGCGUUGAGGACGACGUGCCGGUGCCAGAGAUAAAGGACGACGAGAUUUUGGUCAAAGUCGAGGCGGGAAGGAGCUGGAAUUAUGGCACAGUAUCAACGGAACAGAAUGCCGAGAUUGCAAAGCAGCAUGGGUGUGAUCAUGUGAUCGACUUCCGCGAACAAAGCGUGCUGUCUCAGGUCCUGAAGUUGACCGGUGGGAAAGGUUGCCAUGCUGUGCUAAGUGGCAUUGGAAAGUCCACAUUUACCGAUGACCUAGCAGCUACGCGGAUAAAGGACACCCUCAUGUCGUAUGGCAGCAACAGCAUUAGACCAGUAACCGACUUUAACCUUCUGGACCUGAGCAAGAAGAAUGUGAAGGUGGUCCGUCCGAACUCUGGCAAAUUAUAUCGCCGGAAGAGAGGAAUUUAUGGAAAGGGCUUAGCAACUGCUUGA